GGUUCAUGGACCGUCGACGCCGCGAUUAACCAUCAGUCCGUACCAUUACGAAUCCUCCCAGACAAUUGCGCUCCCAGUAUCCCAAAAUGCAUCUUAUGUACACCCUUUCGGAGUCGGGGGAGCGUAUCUACACGCUUCGCAAAGUCACCCCCGACGGCAAGGUCACCAAGAGCGCGCAUCCCGCAAGGUUUUCCCCCGACGACAAGUGGUCGAGGCAGCGAGUGACGCUCAAGCGCCGCUUCGGUCUCCUCCUUACCCAGCAGAAGGACAAGCAUCACGCCUCCUAAAUCAAGGCCGCCAUAACAGCAAUUGCAUCUUCGUGUCGCAUCGCCCCCCUUUCGAUGGCAACGCAACCAGCUCGUGGGACGUCCGUACAUGUCUGGGACGGGGGCAAGCGGCUUUGGAUCUGUAUGAGAGCCAAGCUGCGGUCGAGUCAUCGGUUGCGACGACAAUAUUCCAAGUUUUUGGCGUUGGGGCUCUGAUCAAAUAAUCCAAAUAAAAGGAUGGAGUUUUUGGGGGGAGGAUUUUCAAGUUGUCACCUGCCGCACGAAAUAUACCUUGGCAUGGAAAAAUGAGAAAUACUGCAUUCAUUUCUAUCGAGUCUCCGCACAUCAACCUCUCCCCUUCCGUCCGUUUACUGCCCUUC